AGGCCGAGCCGGCCCGGAGCCGCCCCAGCCCGGCUGCAGCCGCCGCGCACCGAGCGCUGCGAUGGGGCUGGAGACGGAGAAGGCGGACGUCCAGCUCUUCAUGGACGACGACACCUACAGCCGCCACAGCGGCGUCGACUACGCGGACCCCGAGAAGUUCGCGGACUCGGGCGGGGAUCGGGAUCCGAACCGGCUCAACUCGCAUCUCAAGGUGGGCUUCGAGGAUGUGAUCGCAGAGCCCGAGUCCACGCACUCCUUAGACAAAGUUUGGAUCUGCAGCCAUGCCCUCUUUGAAGUCAGCAAAUAUGUCAUUUAUAAGUUCCUGACACUGUUCCUGGCGAUCCCCCUGGCUUUUGCGGCGGGAAUUCUCUUUGCCACCCUCAGCUGUCUGCACAUUUGGAUUGUAAUGCCGUUUGUAAAGACCUGCCUAAUGGUCCUGCCUUCCAUGCAGACAAUAUGGAAGAGCGUGACAGAUGUUAUUAUCGCCCCACUGUGUGCGAGCGCAGGACGCAGCUUCUCUUCUGUCAGCUUCCGGCUGAGCCACGACUGAACACUCGGACCCCAGGUCUGGAGAUCUGGAUGCUGUAAUACUUCUUUGUUGUUAUAACCUAGAAGCACUACUGUUCUGUUCAUUCCCCAACUGUUCUAAUUAAGAAAACUGUUAACAUGGGCAACCACAUUUAGAAAUGUUUAUUGGCAAAUCUUUUCAAAUAAUGCUUUUCUAAUUAAUAACCAAAGAUUUCAUAUCUAACUUUAUAACCAGAAGGAUAAUAGUAGGUUGGCAACACUUAAUUUUAAAUGCAGACAGUUUUUGCUUUAGAACAAAAAUAUACAUUUUGUCAUGGCAAACUUAUAAUGAUCAAGGGACAUUUCUCUCAAAUGCUACAGUGGUUUUGUGUAUAAAUGCCGAUGAUAAAAAAUAUAGGAUUUCCUAUUUUUUUAUUCUGGAAAUAACACUUUUUAAAUUGCCUUUGCAGAUAAAGCCAUGGGGAUACUGAAAGAUAAGAUAUUCAAAGAUCCUAGAAAUUGCAGUAACAAAAGCAUACAGUGGUGAUAGGGGCUAUCAAAUAUAAUAAAGCAAAUGUGAAAAUAGAUUCAUGCAAAUGAGUUCCUUUAAAUAAUGUAUUGUUAACCUACAGGCCUAUUUAACAAGAUGUUUCAUUUUACUGUAUAUUUUGUACUUAAUAUUAAGUGUUGCUCUAAUCAGAUUGCUUUAAAACACUUUUAUUAUAUUUGUGAUCUUGUUGAGCUAAUAUAUAGAAUGAGUAAAUGUAUCUCCCACAAGGAACUUCAUUGGUGAGACUGCACUGUCUUGAUUAUGUAAGCAUAUAUAUUUUUUCUCUGGGAAUAGACUGUAACAGAGCAAUAUACUAGGCUUUUCUUUCUAAUUCUUCCAAGAAAAACCCUGAAGUGUUUUAUAACUAGAGUUUAUCUGGCUGUGAUCUUAAAAUAAUCUGUAUCUAAUUCUUAUUUUGUCCAGGUGAUGCUUUCUCUCUUACAGUUAGAAAUUAAACCUGUAUGCUGCAUUCUUAAUGUUUCAUUUUACCUUCAAGUAAUAUUGGUGCUAUUUAAUAACAUUUUACAAUAAAGGCUAUUUCUGACACUUAAGUAAGAUUUCACCUACAGUGAUUCAUGUAGAGAGACUUACAAGACAAUUGUUGAUUUGUUGGGUCGAUGCUACUGAGCUAUAUAUAUGUUAAACACUAAAAGCUACAAACUUUCAAUAUGUUAUCUAAUAUGAGUUUUGUUACACAGUAUAAAAUUAUUCUUAUCAUUUUUGAACUGUAGAAUAUUAUUUCAAUGUUAUGAGUUGCUAUUGUUUUAAAAAUCUUAUUGUUCCAAAAUGAUAGGCAUAUGCAAAAGUUGUCUAUGAUGUGAGCAGUUACUAUAAUUUAUACAUCUUAAAAGUGUAUAAUUGCUCAAAUUCCAGAAUUACUAUCAGAACUUGAAUUAACAUUCCUUGAAUAUCUUCCUAGAUGACAAAUCUUCAUUCAUUGAAGAUUAAUUUUAUUUUUCCAAAUUGUCAGGACUAGUGAAUAUAAAGGAUGAUUAAACUGAACUAUUAUUGAGGACCAAAUCAAAUGAAUGAUUAAAUUAUGAAACUCAGUUUUUGAAGGUAGCCUCAAAAGACAAUUUUCAAAAUUGUCUUAGGCCAUUAUAGCAUCCUUAGAAAAGCCCCUCAUGAUCGUUACCGUAAAACAUAACCAACCAUUUGACUGUAUAGAUUUUAUUAUGUUAGUUAUAAAGGUCAAUCAGUCUCAUGACUUUAUAAGUAUUUCUUGUAUUUAAAGUGUUCUUUAAAAAUAAUUAGUCAUGUUGGUGGACCAGAAUAUUUUAUUAAUAAUAUAUCUAUUUAAAUAAAUCAUAAACUUCUGUCUUUUCAAAUAGCUAUUGGCAAGUUUUAAAGCCAAAAUAUAUACUAUACACAUAGUUAUAUAACAAAACCUACUAACUUUUAACAAGUGAUACAUGUGCAUUCCUUAUUUCUGAAUAGCACUGAAUACUAUCAAAAUGAAUUUUUAUUGAGAUUUGCCAUUAACUAUUUCAAAGACUGAAAUUUUGUACCAAGUGGAUCCAGGUUUCAUGUGCAAACAUGUUUGUUCUUUUAGCUGGGUGCGGGGAGAGGUAGGUGACAAGAAGACUUUCCCAAUAUCCAUAAUAAACUUUCUACACACCCAUGAAA